AUGGAGUCUAAGUCGUUCAAGGUCAUCAUUGUGGGUGGCAGCAUUGCCGGACUCUCUCUGGCGUUGAUGCUAGAAAGAAAUGGCAUUGACUUCGUUGUCUUGGAAAGCUACAAGAGUAUUGCACCUCAGGUCGGGGCCAGCAUUGGUGUCUUAUCCAAUGGACUUCGCAUCCUUGAUCAAAUUGACUGUUGCCAGCCCGUUGUCGAUGCAGCGGAGUAUCCCGUUGAUAAGGUUUAUUAUCGUGAUUCGCGAGGCAAGCUCAUUUGGUCUCUCGAAGACUAUGAUGAAGACAUUACCGAACGUCACGGAUAUCCUGCUGUAUUCCUCGACCGUCGUAUGUUGAUAGCAAUCCUCUACAACAAGAUCGAAGAUAAAUCCAGAGUCCUCAUGUCUCAACGCGUCCACACCAUAGAAAACAGUGGUUCCAGUGUCACUGUGCACACCUCGACUGGCCAAAAGUUCACAGGCAGUAUUGUCGUUGGAGCAGAUGGUAUUCAUUCGACAGUGCGUCAAGAGAUGUGGAAGGAGGCUCAGAGACUAGAUCCUAAGUGGAUUGAUCCCUCGGAAAAGUCCGCACUUCCCGCAACCUACGCUUGCAUAUUCGGAAUCUCAGAAGGCGAGAAAGGUGCCGAGAAGGGUACGCUGACUUCAGUGGUGAAUGAGCAUUUCUCAUACCUUAUCCCCAGCGGGCCCGGCAAGCGCACCUACUGGUUCCUCGUCCAUAACAUGGGAAAGACCUUCUACGGCGAGGAUAUCCCGCGGUUCUCGAAAGAGGAAGAAGAGGCCCUGGCUAAGGAACAUUGGGACGAUCAGCUCACUCCCACGCUGCGGUUUUCGGAUCUCUACAAAAGCAAGAUUGCAUCGGUCUACACCACACUACCGGAGUAUGUGUACAGGAGGUGGCAUUUUCAGAGAAUCAUGACCAUUGGGGAUGCCAGUCACAAGUUUGAGCCUUUGACGGGUCAGGGUGGAAACAACGCCAUUGAAACAUCUGCUUCCUUGACCAACCACCUCGUAGCAGCCCUGAAAGGCUGCAAAACAGGCUCACUGUCGACCGAAGAAAUCUCCAAGAUUUUCCAGAGUGUGCAAGACCAUCGUGAAGAACGAGUUUCUGGUUUGAUCAAGGCCUCCCACACACGGCAGCGCUUGGAUUGUAUGGAAACGCCUCUGCUAAAGUUCCUUGCCAACUUUGUGCUUCCAUAUGUUCCAAAGAGUAUACUUAUGGCUCGGUGGAUCCAUACUUAUUCUCCAGGCGUGUCGUUGAAUAUGCUUCCAAUGCCGCACAAGCCACGAGAUGUUGCAUACUUUGACGAGCGGUUCCGAGUCCCGUUCUCUCGUGGCAUCAUUGGUGUGCUGUUGUACAUUUCAUUCGGCUUCUUGGCUUGGGCGGCAAAUCGACAACUGUGGACAGCCGGAAAGGUCAAUGGAACGUGGACGAUGGUCCGCGAAGCCAUAAUCGCUAAAUCGAUUCCACUCCCUGGGGGGGUCGAAGUGCCUCUGCGUCAGGUAUACACUGGUCUCCGACCGAUUGACCGAAUUUUGCAAUCGCUCGUGACUGUGUUCUUGCCAGCCGUUGCGGGCAUCUCAAAUCCUGGGCAGGCACUCCAGAGUCUUUACUUCCUAGCCUGCAUACUCCCAAUCAUCGCAAUACUCACUGUUGAGGGUUAUCGACCCAGAAACAGAUGGACGCUUCUCGCCAGUCCGGCUCUUUGGGGUGUGUUAUACCAGCUCCGCGGGAUAGCGCUAAUCGCGCCUCUCUAUUUCGCAACGAGUCUCUUCCAUUCAUCAUCGGUCGGAUAUUUCACACCAAAAAGCCGGACAGUUCCUGUCUCCAUGGCUCAGGCAUUGCUUCCUGCUCUGGUGCUUGGCUUCGUGUUGCCCACGAUCAUGAUGUUUUUCCCCCUGCAAGACACUUUGGCAACGCGUCAGGUUUUCAUCGCACUGUGGCAGCCAGCGCCGAUUUAUGUGGCCAUCUUGACUGAGGUUGUGUCUCGCGCCAUCGCAUGGUUCAACCGGCCCGCGCCAGUCAAACCUGGUAGUCAAGUUGGAAGUAUUGUUCGCGAUGAUCUGCCAUACCUGCGAACUGCAUACGCAGCGGUGGGUGGCAUCUCAGCAUGCUUCCAUUUCGCUUUGAUGCUCAGCUGGGUAGUCUCAGGGUCUGACUUCAUCAUUCGUGCUCUCGUCCCGCUGAAUUCCUUUGGGGAAAAGUCCAAUCUGGCGGACGGGAUAUUCAUAUUUUUCCAAAGUGAUUUCUUGCUGGUUGCUCUUGCAACAAUGCUGUGGUGCUUGGCAAGCAUCUGGGACAUGUAUCGCGUGGGUAUCUCGAAUGUCUCCUGGAAGGCCGGGUUGUUUGGUCUUGUCCUUGGCUGCAUAUUGAUCGGACCAGGCGCAACUGCAGCAGCUGUGUGGUAUUGGAGAGAAGAUAUCCUCAGUCACACCUCGUUUGGUCAACAUCCUUCAGCAUCGGCCUAG